AGCAAACAGUUUACCUGAUGAACAGUGCACUAAUUAUCGGCGAAAAGCAGCCAAAACAAUAGAGAACGAUGGAUGAAACACAAGCUAACGCUAUGUCGUCGGAUGGAGAAGUUAUUAGCGACAAUAAUUCGGCCGACAGCGCUGUACAGGUAAUGGUAGGACCAGCGGUCGCCGUUGAAUUCGGUCCACAACCUCCGGCGAUUUCGGAAGGGCAACAUUACUCGCCACUGCUUACUGUACAGUUCCGAAGUAGCGAGCUUUACCAAAAACUUGAGCUAGACGUCGCCACCGCCAUCGAAACAGUUUUGCGUGCGCACUUACCGGACCUAUGCGUCGCUGUGCGGCCAGAUCCGACGCGCCAGCACACGUUGGCCGCCUUCGGAAUGGAAACCCAGGGCGAUGAGUCCGAAACCGGGGAGUCCCUGUUCGUGGAAGAUUCUACGCCGAUGAAAAGCAAAAAGAUCGACGGUCCAAUACCGAGCUACAAGAAGGUUAUGAACAAGGUGUACGAGGGAAAGACUCCGGAUGCAAAUUCGACCCCAAAGCGAGCAAGGGCGAAGCAAAACUGCUGGAAUUGUGAGGGCGAACACGGGCUGAAAGAUUGCAAGGAGCCACGGAACUACACCCGCAUUCGCCAGAAGAAGGAAGAGUUUCAGAAGAAGAACGAUCGCUACCACGUCGACCUGGAGCAGAAGUAUGGCCAUUUCGUGCCCGGCCAGUUGAGCAGCGAGCUUCGCGAUGCGCUGGGGUUGGGAUCGCGCGAUCUUCCGCUGCAUAUAUACAAGAUGCGACAGUACGGAUACCCGCCCGGUUGGCUGGAGGAGGCGAAAAUCACACACUCCGGCCUGCAGCUGUUCGAUUCCAAUGGCGACGUGGUGCAGCAUUCGGACGAGAGUGACGGCGAGGUCGACAGCGAACGGAGCAAGUACGACGUGCGCAAAAUCAUCGCCUUUCCCGGUUUCAACGAACCGGCGGAGGGCAAAAUGUUUGACGAUCACAAGUUCUACAAUGUGCCACCGUACUCCGAGGAGCUGAGCCGCGAGCAGAUGAUACGCCAGCUCGAGGGCACCCUGGUGCACGGCUACCGGCGGAAGAAGCUAAAGCUGUCAAUCGAAGAGAGCGGUACGGCAAACGUUGUGGAUUUGACGUCCAACAUGGAGAUUGUAGAUAUGGAUGCGAUGGAGAGCAGUCCACAACCUCCGGAACCACUGGAAAUUUCGGAACCGUUGCCACCGGAAGGGCCCCAACUACCACCGCCAUUACCGUCGCCACCACCUCCACCGCCACCACCACCACCAUUCCAGGAACCCCAGGCACCGACAGUUCCUAAGAAGGAACUGGAAGAUGGGGAGUUGUCGGAAGAAGAUGGAGAGAAUUCGCGCCUAAAUGCCACCGUCGAUGAUAGCGUGAUAUUAAUUGAAACACCAGUGGAAGUGAUUACAUUGGAUGACACAGUCGUCAGCGCAGCGCGCUCACCUUCGCCAUCUUUGGACGAUCUACAGAAAAGACAACGGCAACUGGUUGAGCAAUUGAACGACAGGCCGGGAAAUGAAACGAGCACGAAUGACAUUUCCUUGGAGGACAUUUCGAGCGCCACGCUAGUGUUUGAUAACACGAUGCUUCCACCACCGCCAUCAGAUUUGGUGCCGCCCAAACCGGGUAAUGCAUUUGCACCGGAAGGAUCGGAUGAGCCACCUCCUCCACCCCCACCGCCACCGCCGUCGUUCGAUCCGCCCGACACCGGCUCAUCGGCAAAACCGCCCGAGCCAGAGGGCUUAGAUCUGGGCGAGAUCGCGAUGACUAAGACACCGUACCUGGAUGAUCCGGGCAGCAUGGGACUGAAGACGAUGUCGCUCGGUACACCGAUUCUGCGGCCGUUCACACCGUACACCGCGCUGCCGACCGGGGAAGCCUUUUCCAAGGGUGUCAGCGAUGUGAUUAACUUUGAGAAUCUUCCCAACUCCACCGGCAAGUACGACCAGAUGAAGUCGCUGCUGUCGCGGGUACGGCAGAAGAUCAGCGAACAUAUGAGCAGCACGGACGAUGGAUGAUGCGCGUAGGCGGGGCGGGCAGGAUGUUGGGAAAGUGGGGAUAUUUAUGUAUAUAGUUAGCGCUCCACUUGAGACCUCAGACGGACUAUUAACAUUUGACAUUGCAAAGGAAUUAAUAUGACUUUUGUGCUUGGUCGGUUUCUUAAACAUUUGCUUCUUUACUGCGCACGAAUUAUCGCAGUUUCCCCUUUUCUUUUCGAACUGUUCCAUGAAUUAAAUUUGGUUGCCCUGAUUUCAUUAGCUGAUAAACUCAACCUUAACAAUUCCUUAUUGUUCUCUUCAUUUUUAUAAAGUGAACGAGUUGAGUAAAAAAGCAUGGCAAACAAAUAGAACAUCUUUCUGAGGCAGCUCCAAAGGCGAAAGGCCUUGUUUUUACAUCCGGUGUAUAGAAGACCGCUGUCGUUGGGACUGAAUUUUUUUUUAAUAAAAAUAAGGAGAUCUCCGGGCGUGACAGAGUUAUCGAAAUACGGCAAUAAAUGAAUUUUGUACAGCUUACAGAACUCGACGGCUGACAAAAGAAAACGAACUAAAGU